AUGGACAACAUUCCAGGCCGCUUGUACUUGGGCAUCCGAGACGCGGGAAACGCAGCAUCUAACCUGGCAAAUGGACAUUCCUCGACAACGACUUCGUCCGUCAACAGCAAAGUUACCCACGCUCUGGGCAAGCUGGCUCAAGCAGGAGUCGCCGACGAUAUCGUGUCCUCAGUCCUCGGCAUGCCCACCACCACAUCCACUCGCUACCCGGAAAAAAUCACUCAUGCAGCGGAAAAAUUGGCCAACGCGGGACUGAGCUCUGACAGUACCCCGUCUCUACCGUCAACGCGCACCCAUGGUCUCGCCACAAAGUACAUCAUUGUAAUUGCUGUUGUUAGCGCCGUCGUCCUCCUCGUCCUCUUGACCGGUGGAUGCCUGUGCUGGAGACGGUACAAGAGAAGAAGAGCCUACAACGUGGUCAGCAGAGGCGUGGACACCAAGGGCAAAGGAGUCAUGCGCGAGAAAGAGGACAUGUUUAAUGCCGACAUGGGAGAAGCGGAGAGUUUCAACGUGGAUGGUCAGAAGCUGACAGAACGCAACUUCGAGAGUGGAUAUGACAAGGUUGACACUGGUUAUGAGGGCACAGGCUAUGGAGCAGUGGAAGAGCAUGGCGGCGACAAGAGGGCGAGACUCGAGGCUUGA